CGUCUAUCGUGUUUUCUUCCGCAGGCCCUCUUUUCGUCAAUACCCCGCCAUUGAGCUCAAUUACUUGACUGAUAUCAUUAUCGGAGGCCUCUUCACAUACUGGUCAAUCCCUCAAUCUGCCCAUUCCAGCAAAAAGCUCCACAUCCCACCCCAUCCGCUACCACCCCGCAAAACCCCCGCCAUGUCGUCCAAGUCGCAAUUGACCUACACUGCCCGUGCGAGCAAGCACACCAACCCUCUGGCCAAGCGCCUCUUCGAGAUCGCCGAGGCCAAGAAGACCAAUGUGACCGUCUCCGCUGACGUGACCACUACCAAGGAGCUCCUGGACCUCGCUGACCGUAGGCCCGCCGAAACCUCUUUCACUCCAUGAUAAGGAAUUGACCCCCGAGAUAUGUACAUAGGCCUGGGACCCUACAUCGCCGUGAUCAAGACGCACAUCGACAUCCUGUCGGACUUCAGCAACGAGACCAUCGAGGGCCUCAAGGCGCUGUCCGAGAAGCACAACUUCCUGAUCUUCGAGGACCGCAAGUUCAUCGACAUCGGCAACACCGUCCAGAAGCAGUACCACAAGGGCACCCUCCGGAUCUCGGAGUGGGCCCACAUCAUCAACUGCAGCAUCCUGCCCGGCGAGGGCAUCGUGGAGGCCCUGGCCCAGACCGCCGCUGCCGAGGACUUCGAGUACGGCGCCGAGCGCGGCCUCCUGAUCCUGGCCGAGAUGACCUCCAAGGGAUCCCUCGCCACGGGCCAGUACACCACCGCCUCGGUGGACUACGCGCGCAAAUACCAGAAGUUCGUCAUGGGGUUCGUGUCGACGCGGGCGCUAGGCGAGGUGCAGUCGGAGGCGAGCUCCGCCUCGGACGAGGAGGACUUUGUCGUGUUCACGACGGGCGUCAAUAUCUCCUCCAAGGGCGAUAAGCUCGGCCAGCAGUACCAGACCCCCGCCUCUGCGAUUGGUCGCGGAGCCGAUUUCAUCAUCGCCGGUCGCGGGAUCUAUGCCGCGGCGGACCCGGUGCAGGCGGCGCAGCAGUACCAGAAGGAGGGCUGGGAGGCGUACCAGGCCCGUGUUGGCGGAAACUAAAAUUGAGUGAGGGGUGGCUGUUUAUUAUAGACGAUGUACAGGAUUAGCAACAUAAUGC